CCCGCCAUCAUGGGCUGUCGGAGUGUCGAAGAAUUUCACUGCCUUAAUCGGAUCGAGGAAGGAACUUACGGUGUCGUGUAUCGGGCAAAGGAGAAGCGAACAGACGAAAUUGUGGCAUUAAAGCGACUGAAAAUGGAAAAGGAGAAGGAAGGCUUUCCGAUAACAUCUCUGCGCGAAAUCAAUAUGUUGUUGAAGGCCCGGAAGCACCCCAACAUUGUUAAUGUUCGAGAAAUCGUUGUCGGCAGUAACAUGGACAAAAUAUACUUGGUAAUGGACUACGUAGAACACGACCUGAAAAGCUUGAUGGAGUCGAUGAAGCAACCGUUCCUUGUUGGGGAGGUUAAAACGCUGAUGAAGCAGCUUUUGAACGGCGUUCACCAUUUGCAUGACAAUUGGAUUUUGCACAGAGAUUUGAAGACGUCUAAUCUCUUGCUCAGCCAUCGUGGGAUCCUCAAGAUAGGUGAUUUUGGGUUGGCGCGAGAAUACGGUUCACCCUUGAAACCAUAUACGCCAGUGGUUGUAACGCUUUGGUAUCGAGCGGCUGAGCUACUUCUUGGCAUAAAGGAGUACUCAACGCCAAUUGAUAUGUGGUCCGUCGGUUGCAUUUUUGCCGAACUUUUGACGUUGAAACCGUUGUUUCCGGGCAAAAGUGAAAUCGAACAGCUUAACAAAAUCUUCAAGAUGCUAGGUACACCCAAAGAAACUAUUUGGCCUGGUUUCAGCGAAUUGCCUGGAGUGCGCAGAACGCAUUUUGUCGAUUAUCCAUAUAACUCGUUAAGAAAACAUUUUGGAGCAACUCUUUCUGAUCGAGGAUUUCAGCUCUUAAACAGGUUUCUAACAUAUGAUCCAAAACGUCGAAUCACAGCACAAGAAGCAUUGGAAGACGACUGGUUUAACGAGGAACCUCGGCCUGUGAGGCCUGAGCUUUUCCCGACUUGGCCCGCAAAAUCUGAACAGUGCAAACAGGCGAGAAAAAACGAUGCGGAUAAGGAUAUUCUUAUUGGGUUCAGUUUAAAGUUUGAUGCUCCCAAAUUUUGA